GGGCGCGGGGCGGGAGCCGGAGCCGGCCCCGGGGCGGGCCUCGCGCUGCAGAACCUUGGACAGAAGCGGAGCCGCCGCCGGGUCGCGCAGGGCGGAGCUGAGCGCAGCGCCCCGGGCACCGGCCCCCGGGCCGGAGGCGGCGGGCGCCCGGCGGCGCCAUGGGCACGGUGCUGUCGCUGUCCCCGAGCUACCGCAAGGCGCCGCUGUGCGAGGACGGCGCGGCCGGGCUGGGGCCCUACAGCGCGGCGCCCGGCGGCCGGAGCGCCAAGGAGCGCGGCCUGCGGCGCCACCCGAUCCUGGCCGCGCUGCCCUGGAAGCGCAUCGCCGCCGUCUCGGCCAAGAAGAAGAAGCACUCGCAGAAGGUGCAGCCCGGCGGCUGCCCGAGCAGCGUCGCCCACCUCAACAGCGAGAACCUGAAGAAGUCGCUGUCCUGCGCCAACCUCGCCGGCUUCGCGCCGCCCGCGGCCCCGCCCGCGGCCCCGCCGCUCUCCGCGGCCAAGAGCGCAGCGCCCGCCGGGCGCAAGGCGCCGCCCAACCCCGGCGCCGCCGGCACCCCGCGGCGGGUCAUCGUCCAGGCCUCCACCGGCGAGCUGCUGCGCUGCCUGGGCGACUUCCUCUGCCGCCGCUGCUACCGCCUGAAGCACCUGUCGCCCACGGACCCCGUGCUGUGGCUGCGCAGCGUGGACCGGGCGCUGCUCCUGCAGGGCUGGCAGGACCAGGGCUUCAUCACCCCGGCCAACGUGGUCUUCCUCUACAUGCUGUGCAGGGACGUCAUCGCCGCCGAGGUGGCCACCGACCACGACCUGCAGGCCAGCUUGCUGACCUGCCUGUACCUCUCCUACUCCUACAUGGGCAACGAGAUCUCCUACCCGCUCAAGCCCUUCCUGGUGGAGAGCUGCAAGGAGGCCUUUUGGGACCGCUGCCUCUCCAUCAUCAACCUCAUGAGCCCCAAGAUGCUGCAGAUCAACGCGGACCCGCACUACUUCACCCAGGUGUUUGCUGACCUGAAGAACGAGUGCAGCCAGGAGGAGAAGAGCCGGCUCCUCAUCGGGCUGGACCGGUGAGCACCCCCCGCCGCUGGGACUGGGGCACCUUUCUGGUGCUUUGAUUUGUCAGACGCAGGUGGAGGUUGGGUGGACCUUGGAAAGGGCAGCGGAGCCCCCAGCUGGCAGCACUGACCUUGGAACAGUAGCCGCCUGGCUUGGCCUCCAGCAGUGCUGCAGCCACGGGGGCGGGUUUGAAGCUGUUGUUGUAGCCAGUGUCUGUUCGGUUUCUGUAACUGCCUGGAGAUCCAUUGCUCCCUCCACUUCCUGGGCCGUCGCACCGAGUGCUCAGUGGGAGCUUGGCUGUCCUUUUGCCCAGACAGUAUCUGCCGGAGGGAUUGUCCACGCAGAAGUCUUCACACUUGUGAGCAGGCGGCUUCAAGAAAUGACUUGAAGGAAAUGCUGGCCUUUACUUUCUUGAAGGGCCUGGUGGUGUGGGAAUGGGGUAAUUCAGUGGAGUCUUGAGCAUCUGGCAUUUCACAAAGGGAUCCAAUGCUUUAAAGCUGGCGGGGGUUCAGAGCAGCACAAAACUUAAGAAAAUUAACCUUAAAAACAAUCAGUAUCAAACUCCAAAAGGGACUUAUUGCAUGUAACAUGUAGUUAGCUGGGAAGGCGAGGGGGGGAGAGGUGGAAUCGCACACACCUUUGACUCUGCAUUGGUGGCUCACAUGUUUAAUUCUCAAAAUUCCCAGAUUUGGGAAAGCCCAACUUUGAGCAGGCAAAACAGUUCCUCACAGGCAUAGAAGUAUCAUUCGUGAUCAAUGCUGCAGCCUGUGGUCUAAGGCGAGUUUGGAAUGCUGUCUCACCAGUCAAGGCACCCAAGAGGUGAGGUGGCCAGGUUGGGAUUGGUGUGAGACCACACUGUGGCUACUUGGCUAUUGUUUUGGUUUGCGACGGCAAAUAAUUCUGUGCUAGUCAGUAACAUGACUGUCUGCAGCCCACCCUGGUCCUGUCACGAGGGGUGGACAUUACUCUGUUCGUAUUUUCUGAACUGCAGCAGUAGUGGUCUGUACUGAUGUGUCUUACUGUGGGGUUUAAUGGCACUAUCAGUUGCUUUCCCUAGCCUACCGGAUCACGCUGUGUGGAACGGGGCCUAUUUAGCAUUCUGCCCACUGCAGCUGCCAUCAUGGCCAACCUCUGAUGUCAGCGUGCGGGUACAGUGUGUUUAUUGAAACGUAGGGGGAAAAGAGGUUGUUAAAAUAAUUUCAGAAAGAAAAAGCUCAUCACCAAGUGGGCAGAAGGGACUGGGCCUUACAGCCUACACUAGAAAUAUUAAUGCAUCUUUCCUUGGCUUAGCAUGCUACUGAUUGAGUUUGAUGAUGUCAUUUAAAAGACCAAGGUCCCUGGUUCUAGAUGCUAACACGCACGUUAAUGCUACUGAAAAGUGAAUUCACUUUUGGGUUGACGCUCACAGGUAAUAUUAUCCUCUGACUUUAGAGCUUCCUACAGUGCCAGAUGUUGAGGAAAACCAAGACUAGGGUUUCAUUGCAUGUAAUAUGGCUGCAGACACAGACUCGUUAGAAAUCUCUAUCUGCUUCUUCAAAUCCAACAGUAGGUUUAAGGAUGCUGGCAUUCUGGCGAGGGGCGGGGGGGGGGGAGAAGAGGGUGGGCUUUGUAUUUAACUGGGUUAGAACAGAUUGUGUUUGCUUCUCAAAUUAGCAUCAAGCACAUUUUGAAAUGCAGAGGAACAAAGCUGUGAAAUUAAAGGUCUGGAUUUGAGAGGAGCUGGUCUUGCAAUAGUGAAGGCUGCUGGACUUGCAAAUGAAGGGAGAGCUUGCAUCACCUCUAAAGCUAGGCCGAAAUCUGAGCCAUUAAGAAACACCGACCACAAGCUAACACUUCUUCAGACAGAGCUGGAAAGAAAGGAAACCUGCAGCCACUUGAUCAGUGAUGGGUGGGAGGGGAAAGGAAGAUCUAUUAGCAAAAGCAGGGGGAAAAAUAAAUUCUCCUCUUGGUCUUUGUACAUAUUUGUCUCAGCUCCCUCCAUUGCAGAGUUGCUGUUCUAAAUGGAUGGUGUAAAAUGUGGCAAUGUGAUGUCACCUUGUUCCUAAGGUGGACUGAACAGGUCAGAUCCUAUACGUCUCUUGAGGCAUUGAAUAACUGACUGGAUUCCAGCUUUGUGUCUGGGAGAGGCGUUUUCUUCUCUCUCCUCCCUCCCCCCCUCUAUUUAUUUUGAAAAGAGAUUCAAGUUUUGUGAGUGGUUCUGGAUUAAGGGAAAUAAAUGCUACUGUAUCAUGACAUCAAUGUGAAAUGUAUUGUUCCCAUUGUGCACUGAUCAUAAGUAUUGUGUUAAGGAUCAACUGAUAUACUUGAGUGUGCAAGCAAUGAAAUACAUUUACAUGCUGCUAUAAAGAAAACUUUUAGAACAAAAAAAUACUAAACUUACAAAAAACCCUUCUUUAUUCUUUCAUCAUUGCUUUGACAGUGAUAUUGUGCAUGCAAACAGAAGCAUUGUGUGUCUUCAGCAAACAAAAACAAUCUUACAACUGAUGGCUGUAAAAAUUACACUCAUGCACAAAAACAAACAAAAAAACCCCCCACAACACAAAACUAGUUCAGUAUUUGAGUUGGCAUUUUCUCAUCGGAGCUGGGGAUUGAUAGGUUCUUCUUACUGUGCACAGUUCUUAGGUUAGUUCUGUUCCAACAGUUGUUAAAAUUGCAAAUGAAAACAAGGAAACAAUGUGCCAUUUUUUCACUUGAAAUUCUUCAUAGAUGUACAUUUGAAACUGCUAAUGAUACAUGUAUCUGUAUGUUGGUUUUUUUAGUGCAAUCUCUUCUGUAGAUCUUUGUUGACCAAACUGGUGGGUAUAGUUACUUAUUAAUUUAUAUUUGUCUCAUUCUGUAUGUAUGUGCGCAGUGUGUUUGUAAGUACGUGUGGUUUAUAAUCUGACAGACUGUCAUAAAGCUCAGUGUGCCUGUAAUUUAGCCCCCUUCCCUUAUUUUUAUUUAUUUUUGUACUGUGCUGAUUAAAUAAAAUGCACUGACCAUCCAUUACAU